AAAAUGGGAUCCAAAAAAACGACGAAAUUGGGAAAAGAAGAAAGAGAAGGGAAGAAACGAAAAGCUACUAGUGAAGAACGUUUUUUUGAGGUCUUUGAAAUUAUUCUUAACUACAAUGGAGACUUUGAAUGGUUUGGUUAUUUUAAUGAGGAUGUGGCUGUCAGAAAAUUUCAUAUUGAGGAUAUAGGAUUAAAUAGUCUAGAUAAGUGGUUACUUGAAUUGAAGGUUCAGGGAUUGUUAAUGUAUUAUUGGAGGCGGGCUGGCAUGUAUACUGAAGAAUUAAUUCCUAUGGAAAACGAUGACCAUGUCAUGGACAUGGCACUGGCUGGGGCACAAGAUGGUAGUGUUGAUGUGUAUGUUAGGAAGUUAAGCUGUGAUGACGUGUGCAACCUAAGGCCUGUAUUUGGACAAACAUUAUUUGAGUUGAAAGAACUUGAAGAUGGGGAUGAUGCAUUGGAGCUGCAGGCUGUUGCUGAGGCUGAACCAGUGCAGGUGCUGCAGAUUGAAGGUCCCGGUGAACCAGUGGAGGUGCUGCAGAUUGAAAGUCCUGGUGAACCAGUGGAGGUGCUGCAAAGUGAAGUUGUUGAUGAACCUGAAGUUGUUGAUGAACCCCUGGAGAAGCAGCAGUCUGGUGGUUCAGACUGAAGAU